CCUCCAUAACCUUUCCAUUUUCACAUUGAUCAGAGAUUUCAAAACACACACUUCAACUUCUACUUACUUUCAUCACUGGUUCAUCUUCAUCUUCCCCGAACCGCAAAUGGGUCGGUCACCCUGCUGUGACAAAGUCGGCUUAAAGAAAGGUCCAUGGACCCCUGAAGAAGAUCAAAAACUCUUAGCUUACAUUGAAGAACACGGCCAUGGCAGCUGGCGCGCCCUCCCUGCCAAAGCAGGUCUUCAAAGAUGUGGAAAAAGUUGCCGCCUUCGAUGGACUAACUAUCUUCGCCCUGAUAUCAAGCGAGGAAAAUUCAGUUUACAGGAAGAACAAACCAUCAUACAACUCCAUGCUCUCUUAGGAAACAGAUGGUCGGCCAUAGCCACUCAUUUGCCAAAGAGAACUGAUAACGAGAUCAAGAACUACUGGAACACGCAUCUGAAGAAAAGACUGGCGAAAAUGGGGAUUGAUCCGGUGACCCACAAGCCGAAAAACGACACUCUUCUUUCCAGCGACGGUCAGUCGAAGAAUGCGGCCAAUUUGAGCCACAUGGCGCAGUGGGAAAGCGCGCGUCUAGAAGCUGAAGCGAGGCUGGUGCGAGAGUCGAAGCUCCGGUCACAUUCUUUUCACCCUUCUGCAGCUUCCACUUCAGCUCAGUUUGUGAACAAAACGACGGCGUAUACUUCUGCUGGUUCGACUGCAGCAAUCGGUCAUGGUGGCGGCGACUUGGAGUCUCCGACUUCGACGCUUAGUUUCUCCGAGAAUAAUAAUAACAAUAAUGUGACGGCGGCGGUCGUGGCUACUGCUGCAACUACUGGGAUUGGAGUCAACUCAUUGAACAUGAUCGAAUUCGUUGGCUCUUCCAGCUCCUCUCAUCAUCAUCAUCAUCAAAAUCAUCAUCUAACUGGAGGAAUGAUUAAAGAAGAAGAUGAACAAGUACAAGAUUGGAAAUUCAAAGAGGGAAUUGAAAACUCUUUGUCUUUUACAUCAAAUCUUCAUGACAUGACAAUUUCCCUGGAUAAUCCGCCAUGGACUACUAAUUCCAACAUGGAGGAGAACUUCACCAAUCUUCUUCUAAAUGAUUCCAUCGACGACGACAGCGGCGGCCGGAGCCUUUCCGACAAAGAUUCCGACAACAGUGGCACCCAUGACCUAUACCAAGAUAACAAGAAUUAUUGGAACAGCAUUCUGAAUUUGGUGAAUUCUUCUCCAUCUAACUCGCCAUCGCCAAUGUUCUGAAAAUCAAUAAUUUCAUCAAGACUCGUUAUCUCGAUCUUAAACUAAUUAUUUUGGAUUUAAGUCGAGAUUGAACUUACCCUUGUUGGGUUCAAUUUGGCUUGAAUCGAAGUUCGUCUCACUGAUGAUUAUCUCUCUUCUUCUCCAACGAUUUGAAUGAGCCAAACUCGCUUCAGACUUAACUAUUCUAAAUUUGAACUAUCUUUUUUGUUUUUGUUUUUUGGGUUUGUUUUAUCUUAAAUUCACUCCUAUAGUAUUUAUUAAGGCUCUAUAUAUUUGUGUAAAGAUGCCUCCAAUAAGAGAUGUAUUUAUGACAGACUUUAUUGCUGUUGGUUUCGUGUCA